AUGACGCCCAAGAAGCUUACCAUUCCGAGUCCAGACUGUGAUCAUGAAAAAGGCACAAUAUCUCCCCUUCCAGAGAAUGUCGAACUCGGUCAACUGGGCUACACGGAAGAGCUGCGUCGGAAUCGCUCAGUUCUUACGCUUCUCUUCCAGACCCUUGCAAUGGCAGCAAUUCCCUAUGGUGAGGGCACACCCCUCCUCUCGGCAAUCUAUGGUGGCGGUCAACUCUCCAUCUUUGUAGGCUGGAUAGUUGUCUGUCUACUCGAUCAAUGCAUAGCUCUCUCGCUAGCAGAGCUCGCAUCCCGCUAUCCUACCUCCGCAGGACCAUACUACUGGACAUUCCAAAUAUCCCGCGGGAAUAAAGCCACCAUCUCCUUCAUCAAUGCCUGGAUCUGGCUCAUAGGCAAUUGGACUAUAACCCUCGGUGUAAACUUCGGGUUUGCUUCUAUGCUCUCAGCAACCAUCUCCAACUAUCACCCAGCCUGGUCCGCAAAUAGCUGGCAACUACUAUUAAUCUUCUACGCCAUCUGUCUCGUCUCCCUAGUCAUCUGUAUCUGCGCCAACAAGUACCUCCCCCAAGUCGACACCGCCUGCGCAGCCUGGACAGCUCUAACAAUCCUGGUCAUCCUCAUCGCCGUCUCGGUCAAAUCAGAAACCCGCCACUCCCCAGCCUACACCCUAUCACAUUACGACACCACCCUCGCCAACUGGGGCGGCUUCACAUUCUUCAUCGGUCUCCUCCCAGCAGCCUUCACCUUCUCAGCAAUAGGCAUGGUCUCCUCCAUGGCCGAAGAAUGCCCCAACCCAGCCAUCAAAGUCCCUCGCGCCAUAUCCCUCAGCAUCCCAGUAGGCGGCACAGCAGGCCUCUUCUUCAUCAUCCCCCUCUGCGCAACCCUCCCCCCUCUCAAAGACAUCCUCUCCGCCCCAGCAGGCCAACCCCUCCCCUACAUCCUAACCAGAGUAAUGGGUCCAGCCGGCGGCCUGGGCCUCAGCGCCCUCGUCCUUGUCAUAGCCCUCUGCUGCUCAAUCAGCAUAACCGUCGCCGCCUCACGGACUACAUGGGCCGUAGCACGAGACGAUGCAAUUCCCCUCGCUCGCCUGUGGGCCCAGGUCUCCGACCGCUGGGGCGUGCCCGUCUGGUCUCUGAUCCUGGUCACGGGUAUCCAAAUGCUGCUCGGAUUAAUUAAUCUAGGAAGUUCAAGUGCGUUUACGGCUUUCGUUUCGGUGGGUGUUAUGGCCCUGGCGGCUGCUUAUGCUAUUCCUAUCUUUUUGAGUCUAUGGUAUGGAAGGGAAGAGGUGAGUCGGGCGCCUUGGAAUUGUGGAAUGGUCAUUGGGAGGAUUGUGAAUGGUAUUGCGCUCGCUUGGAUUGCUUUCGAGUUGGUGCUGUUUAGUAUGCCGACUGCUUUGCCGGUUACGGCUGUUUCGAUGAAUUAUGCCUCUGUGGUUUUUGUGGGGUUUAUGGCUAUUUCAGCCUUUUGGUUUGCGGUUUAUGCGAGGAAAUCUUACAAGGGGCCACCGGAGUCAGAUGCGCUUAAUUGA